AUGAAUAAAAACUAUGAAGAUACUUGCUUAAAUAGCGACGGAAGCUUUAAACUAGCAUUUAAGGAUUUAAAGUACUGUAUAAAGUCUAAAGUUCCAUUCAUCAACAAAGAGACAAAAACGAUUUUAAAGAGUAUUUCAGGAGAGUUUCGCGGUAAUGAGCUAACAGCAAUUAUUGGAUUGAGUGGAAGUGGCAAAAGUUCACUUUUAGACUGUUUAUCAGGUUUUCGUCAGAACAACAUUAGUGGAACAAUUACUUACAAUGACAACAUUAUUUCAACUCGCAGUAUUAAGGAAGUUUCCUCAUAUUUUAUGCAGGAACAAAUGCUUCACAUAUAUUUAACCGUAAAAGAAUUAAUGAAUUUUGCAGUUAAUGUCAAAUGUAGACAGAAGCUAAAUAAGGAGGAGAAGAAAUUAAAGAUUGAGGGAAUUCUUCAAAAAUUAAACAUUUCAGACCAACGUGAUACUUUCAUACAAGAUCUAAGUGGUGGAGAAAGGAAGCGAUUUCAAAUUGCGAUUGAGUUGGUAGAUGAUCCAAAAAUAUUGUUCCUAGAUGAGCCGACAACAAAUCUUGAUAUUGUUGCAUCAACUCAAUGUAUUCAAUUUUUGAAAGACAUUACAAAAGAAGGAAGGACAAUAAUUUUUACAAUCCAUCAGCCAUGUGCAUCAAUGCUGCAUUUAUUUGAUCAUAUAUAUGCACUGAAUAAUGGAAAUUGCAUUUAUCAAGGCUCAAGUGAAAAUCUUUUAACCUUUUUUGAAGAAAUUGGAUUGCCAUGUCCAUCUACUUACAAUCCAACAGACUUUUUAAUGGAAAUAGCAAAUAAUGAUUAUGGUGAUCACAGCCAUUUGCUGAUUGAAAAAAUUCAGAAUGGAUCAAAUUUGAAUUACAGAAAAGAAAAUGAACAAAACUUUACAGCUGAUAUAUUCAAGAGACCAUCUGAUUUCAAGGAGUUUUCUGCAUCUUAUUUCCAUCAAGUUUACUACCUUAUGUAUCGACUGUUUUUGACAUCGAUUCGGAAUAAAUCUCUUAUUUUAAUGCGACUUAUUGUGCAUAUAUUUUUUGGAUUCGCUACAGGAACAGUUUAUCAGUUUGUUGGAAAUAAUGCAUCAAUGAUUAGGGAUAAUUAUAAUUUUUUACUGAUAGUGAUAACUGCGGUAUUGUAUACAUCCUAUCAUUCACAUUAUGUUACAUUUCCCCUCGAAUUUCCGAUAGUCAAAAGAGAACAUUUUAAUGGAUGGUACUCAUCAAAUGCUUAUUAUUCAUCGCUUAUGAUUUUUGAUGCACCAAUUGUUCUUGUGUGCGUUACAAUUUGCAUAACAAUUUCAUACUUGAUGACUGAUCAACCACUUGAGAUUAAUCGAUAUUUAAUAUUGCUUGGUUUUUGCUUGAUAACUUCAUAUGUUGCACAAGCAUUAGCUAUAGUUUUAACUAGCCUUCUUAAUGUACAGUUCUCUCUUUUGUUUGGAACUUACUUCCUGAUGCCUUUCUUUGUUUUUUCUACGUUUGCUGUGUUUUCACGCGAUACUCAUCCUAUACUUCAGAACAUAUUUGAACUAAACUUUUACAAUAUGGCAGUUAAAGGAGCUGUGAAUUCAGUUUUAGGUUUUAAUAGAACAAAACUUCCAUGUGAUGAGAUUUAUUGUCAUUUUACUGAUCCAAAAAAGUUUCUAAAAUAUUAUGAAUGUGAAGCUGACAUGAUGUACAUUUUUUAUCUUCUUUUAACUUAUUUUGUCAUUUGCCAGACGGCAGCAUUUUUCUUAAUUGGGUAUAGAUUAAAAUACAAACACACAUGA